UCGGCAGUCCUUCCAUCAUCGCCAUCAAUAAUGGUGUCAUGGCUGCUGCGGGCACGCGAGAAAGUUUGAAAAGCGAUGUAGACGACGAAUACUCGCUUAUCGUGACUUGCCACGAGACGGUGCACGUGCCGUUGCCUCCUGCCUACAUCGGCUCUGAGGGAAGAGGAGUUAAGACACUAUUGGAGAACUGGAAAGGACAGUAUGUCGAGAGACUUAACGGUGUCCUUCUGGGAUACGAAAAUCUGAAGUUCGUCGAAGCAAGUGGCACGAUUAUUGAUGACCAGCCCUUCGUGCACCAAGAUGUUGUCGGAGACUUUCAAGUCUUUAGGCCGGAGACUGGAUCUAUCGUACGAGCUCACAUCAACAGAAUGAGUAAAAACCAUGUGGGCUGCCUAGUGCACAACUGGAUCAAUUUGUCCAUCCUGUUGCCCCCAAAUCCCUCUCCUGAGCUGUCACGUUACCUCAACAUGGGUCAGGAAAUACUCUGCAAAAUCACAUCAGUGUCGGUGUACCGUCACAAUGCGCUCAGACUUCGGGGUGCAAUUACAUCCGAAUGCCUCAAGUUAAUGCAGGACACCAUACCGCUCACCCGGACGUCUUACGACGACGAGCUGGUGGAAUACGAGAGCAACUUUGGAGAUGACUGGAACGAUAACUGCGGCUCCGACGUGGAGGCUGGGUCGCAGCAGGAACUGUGCUACCUGGAGCCCGAAGAAGACUUUUCUGUGAGGAGACGGGAUCAGCUGCUGUCGGAGGACGGCUCAUUAGCCACGAGAGAACUGCCACUGCAAACACAAGAAAAGCCAAAGAGGAAAAGGAAGAGUGUUGGCAGUAAAGAGACGCAGUCCAGCAUGCUUGCCAAUCCGUCGAGCGAUGCGUCAAUAAAGCAAGAAUCUGAGCUUUCGGCCGCCAUACUUUCAGACUCCGGAAAAUCAAAAACCAAGGCCAAGAAACGAAAAUUUGAAAAUGACGCCGAUGGGGCCCCUACACCUAAAAAGCGGAAAGAACAGAAAGAGAAGAAAAAGAAAGAAAAAGAUGUGGAUGGAAGGAGGAAGGAAAAGAAACUGAAAAAAGAAAAAGGGCUCAAGGGGGACACUGAAGACAACGCCAGCACAGUUUCCUAUUCCAGUGAUCAUAUGUCAGCUUCUGAAAGUGCUCUCAUCAAAGAUGUUGUCAAGAAGAGGAAGAAAAAGGAGAAAUUGCUAAAGGUGGACAUUGAAGACUACGCCAGCAGCACGGUUUCGUAUUCCAGUGACCCCCUCUUGGCUUCCGAGGGUGCCUCUGUCAAACACAUAGUCAAGAAGAAAAAACAUAAGAAACAGAAGGCCUUAAAGAUGGAUGCUGAAGGCGUUGGCAGUAGUGCAGCCUCACUUUGCAGCGACCGUCUCUCUGCUGCUGAAACAGCCUCCAUCCAAGAUGUUGCAGAGCCAAUUACCAUAGAGCAUGAGUUUGCUGUGUCGCCAACAAAGCAUAAAAAAAAGCACAAGAAGAUCAAGGUGGAAAAUGGUCCAUUAUGUGAUGCUGGCACAGAAUCAGUGUCCUCAGACGUUAGCUUGAAGGUCAAGAAAAAGAAGAAGAAAAAGGAAAAGAUGGAACAUUGACAGUUUUAGCUUAGACACUGUUGAUUUUUAUAUGCAAAUCAAUUGCUGCCCACACCUGGGCACGCAAAGGGAUUCUUGAGAAGUCGCAUUAUCGAGGCCAUUCCGAGCACCUCCCAAUGGAUUGAAGCAGCGUUUUAGUCGCACUUUUCACCAAGCUGCUCAGGCUGUCGGAAAACAUCUCAUUGUACAUUUCAUUGUUCAUGGCAUAAUACAUCACUCGUUUUAUUUUUCUGUUAACUCUUCUAGGGAGUCAUCAUUGUUUUUGUUUUACUUUAUACAUUGUUGCCCGGCCUACUUUUUAUUGCAUGACUUUUCUUUUCUGGCUUCAAGUUUAUAAUAUACAUGCUUUCAUUAUAAGUGGGGUAUAUCACUAGACGCAUCUGUGUGAGCUCUAGGCAUGAAGAUGCAGAGACAGUGCUCCAGCCUGGAUGCACCAUUCAUUUUGGUCAUCAAAUUAUGGUUAUUUAGUCUCAUUGGCUGCAGCAAAUAAAGCAUAUUGUCAUUACCAA